AUGAGUCUGCCUGAGUUCAAGGCCCUGGCCUCUGUCCUCCUGGGGCAUAAGAUACAGUGGAUGAACAUCCUCUGCGAGAUUGCUCUUCCUUCUAUCGACUUCCGCAAGGACGAAACGAGCGUCGUCCUCUUCCAGGCCAUGUACCAGGCAGGACCCCCUACAAAGGGGUCGGACAUGAGGGAGGGCCACCAUGUCCUGAAUGACGUCAAAUUCUGCCGCAGGCUGGCUGGUGAGCUUCACGAGGCAGCGGGUCGGAUCAAGAUGAACUGGGAGUCCUCCCAGGCCCUCGCAAACUUCAUCUUCGUCGCCACCCGCGCCUUGACCCUCUCGUCCGACAAGAAUGAGCACCGUGCCUUCUUGGGAUUUCUUCGAGAGGCUCGUCUCAUUGCUUUUGGCUGGCUAAAGUCGAUUUACGCGAAGGCAAAGUCCAUCACGGACAAUGACUUCCGCCAGGAGCUGUUCGGAAAGAUCGCCGAGGUUGCUUUAAUCUGCAUCGCGACCUUCGACGUCGAGGAGCACCAUCUUCGCCCCCUACUAAGUCGCCCCGAGGACGCAUCGAUCCUGGUACAAUGCUCUAUCAGCUGCCAGGAAUGCCUCACGGCUGACGACCUCAGGCCGCAGGGCACCCUAUUGUCGCUAAUGGUUCUUCGCUGGAAGCGGGUCUGUAGCCGUGCCCGUGCCUAUUUAUCCGGCAUAUUCACGGCGGCGGAGGGUGGAGGAGAUGCCCUUGACGACGCUGUUCACCAGUGCUGGUCCAACUACAGCAACGGUAACCAGUGGAAAUCCCUCCAGUCGCCAAUGAAGCAUUGGCUGGAGACCACAACAGCCCCCAUUCACGGCGAUUCCUUGAACGUCAUGUUUAACCUGCUGACAGCUGAGCUACUUGUUAACGGUCUCCCGCUAUCUCGACUUCCAACCCAGUAUGAGGACCACAGGCUUUACAGGCAGCUAUUCGGCAGGGCGGUUCUUGACGUCAUGCCUACCGACGUUCCUGGCAUGCAGUUUGGCCUCAAAGCCGAAGUCUCGGGCUAUACCGUUAGCAUGGGGCUCUCUGAUUCCCACGGACUGCUCGUGUGCGCCACGCUUUGCGACAGCAAGGUCACAUACCAGAUCGUUCCUGCAGAUUGCUUCGCGGGCCUCCUUCCUUCAUCGUUCGUCGAUGAGUACACGCACUGGGCUCUCUGA